UGCGUCCGUGCAAUGAUGGGCAGACACUACCGGUGGAGUGGAUUGAGGUCAGGUUUGCCCACAUUGCAGGUCAGGUUUGCCCCGCCACACAAAGAUACUUUCACAAUAGACAUCUCUUACCUGAAAGCACUGUACUGGGAUCUGGGAGAAAUGGCUCCAAGAUUGCUCGUCGUCCUUCCGGUGGUGCUGCUUGGCUGGGCCUUCCAGGCAAUUCUCCGGCCACCGCCUCCAAAACUGUGCGGCUCGGCGGGUGGACCUCCCGUGACAUCUCCCAGGAUCAAGCUCAGGGAUGGAAGGUACCUUGCGUACCGGGAAGACGGAGUGCAGAGGGACAAGGCCAAGUACAAGAUUAUCACAGUCCAUGCAUUUGAUAGCACCAAGGACUUCCCCUCACCUGUCUCAAAGGAGCUCGUGGACGACCUGGGAAUUUACCUAGUUGCAUUUGAUAGAGCAGGGUAUGGGGAAAGUGACCCAAACCCUGGUAGGAAUGUCAAGAGUGAGGCACUGGAUAUAGAGGAGCUCGCCGACAAGCUGGACCUUGGAGAGAAGUUCUAUGUCCUGGGGGUAUCAAUGGGAGGAUACUCAGUUUGGGGAUGCCUCCAAUAUAUACCUCACAGGCUCGCAGGAGCUGCGCUAGUUGUGCCAGUUAUCAACUACUGGUGGCCUUCUUUCCCAGCAGAGGUGUCCAGGCAAGCCUUCAAGAAGCUGAUUGUACCAGAGCAGAGGACACUUCGGAUCGCACACAAUGCGCCUUACUUGCUGUACCUGUGGAUGACCCAGAAAUGGUUCCCUUCUUCUGCAGCAGCUAUGCAUCAUCCUGAAAUAUUUAGCAAGCAUGAUGUGGAGGUCAUUCAGAAAAUGAUGGCAAUGCCAAGAAUCAUUGAGAAUAAAUCAAGGCAGCAAGGGAUUUAUGAAUCAAUACAUCGUGAUCUACUUGUUGCUUUCGGAAAUUGGGAGUUUGAUCCAAUGAAUAUUACCAAUCCAUUUCCUACAAAUGAGGGUUCUGUACAUAUCUGGCAAGGAUACGAAGAUAAGUUGGUGCUGGUUGAGCUGCAGCGGUACAUCUCCAAGAAGCUCCCAUGGAUCCAGUAUCAUGAAGUACCAGAAGGUGGACAUAUGUUCAUGCUGGUAGAUGGAUGGACCGACAAAAUCAUCAAGGCACUCUUGGUAGGGGAAGAGGCCUCCGGUGUAUGACAGUGAAGACUCACCUUAGAACUGCUGAGCACUGCAGAUGUUUCAAAGUGUUUUCCCUAAGUUUUAUACCUUGGGCACCAAAUUGGAACCAAUUCAACAGAUGAUACUAUGAUAGACCAUAAUUUCACCUGCUGACUUUAAACUAUUGUAUUUUACUUAUCCCUUACUUUGAUUGUUUCAUGAA